GCUCCUCUGUGCUGCGGCCGCGUCGCCGCCGAAAUGCGUCACUUCCGGUCGUGUCGCGCUCUAACACCCUCACUUCCUCUUGCUGCGAGCUAACUUCCGGUCUCCGCACACCUACUUCCGUUCCUCUCUUCUCGCGGCCUUUCCGGCCCGCUCUGAUUGCGUCAUCACCGUGCGCCUCCCGCUCCCGGCCCCGGGGCGUCGUUUUCUCCUCGCGGACACGGAGAGCGGCGCGGAAGGGACGAUGGCGGCCGUCGGCUUCGAGGAGUUCUCAGCACCGCCCGGCUCGGAGCUGGCGCUGCCCCCCCUCUUCGGAGGCCACAUCCUGGAGGGGGAACUGGAAGCCGAGGUGGAAUUUGAAGCCGGGGGGGGUCCGGGUGGGCCCGGCGGGGGGGGCGAGGAGGAGGACGAGGAGGAGGAGCAGCGGCGCGAGGAGGGGCGGCGGCGCGAGGAAAUGGCGCGCAGGAAACUGGCGGCGCUGGGACGGCGGUGCCGGGAACUGGAGCAGGUCAGGCCACGCCCACUACCUGCAAGCCACGCCCCCUUCGGACACACCCACAGUGACGUGGCCACGCCCCCCGGCUUUGGCUCCACCCCCCUUGGCACGUAUGCCCCGCCCCCAAAAGUUUUGGCUCCGGUCCCAUUUGUGCUCCCACCUCCUUUGGCUCCGCCCCCUUUC